AAUAUUUACUUUUCAAACUUAUCUCUCUUCGAGAUCUCAAAUUUCAUGGCAUCACCAACAACUACACUCGACGGCAGGGUCGCCAUAAUAACAGGUGCCUCCCGCGGAAUCGGCCGCGAAGUUGCCGUCCACCUUCACUCCCUCGGCGCCAAAGUCGUCAUCAACUACGCCUCAAGCUCCGUCCAAGCAGACCACCUAGCUGCCGAGCUCAACACCAACGCCGUCACAGUUCAGGCAAACGUGGCAGACCCAGAUCAGGUCAAGCUCCUCUUCGACCGUGCCGAGCAAGAAUUCGGAGCACAAGUCAACAUUCUGGUCAACUGCGCGGGGAUUUCGGAUCCCAAGUAUCCAUCUUUGGUCAACACCACCGAAGAGGAUUGGGAUUCCACAUUCAACGUCAACACCAAAGGCGCUUUCUUGAUCGCCAAGGAAGCCGCCAAGCGGAUUGCGCACGGGGGCGGGGGCAGGAUAAUCAUGAUAACCACAUCGUUGGUGGGGUUCUUGCUGCCGGGAUAUGGGGCCUACACGGCGUCGAAGGCCGCAGUGGAGGCGAUGACCAAGGUGCUGGCCAAGGAGCUCAAGGGGAGCUGGAUCACAGCGAAUUGCGUGGCGCCGGGACCGGUGGCGACGGAGCUCUUCUAUGCCGGUAAAAGCGAGGAGAUGAUCAAUAAGUUUGCGGAGGCUUCACCUCUUGGGAGGCUUGGGCAGCCCAAAGAUGUGGCUCAACUUGUUGGGUUCUUGGCUACUGAUGCUGGGGAGUGGAUCAAUGGCCAGAUUGUCAGGGUUAAUGGAGGCCUAGUUAUUUAAAUUAUAAUCUGUCAAUACAAAAAAAAAAAAUAUAUAUAUAUAUAUAUAU